AUGCCCCAGGAGUCAGUGACUUUUGAGGAUGUGGCCGUGUACUUCACUAAGAAGGAAUGGGCCAGCCUGAAUCCUGAUCAGAAGGCCUUGUACAAGGAUGUGAUGCUGGACAACUAUGAGUCUGUGGCCUUCGCAUCGUGGCCGUGGAGAAGGCUUCGUGGCAAGAAGCGGCCAGUGAUAGCAUUCUGCCUCCUGAUGACUCUGUCUGCUGUGGCUGUCACCCGAUUAACCCCACAGUAUCCAGCUGGUGGUCCAGCCCCUGGUCCCCUGGAGCCCCAAGGGGUGACUGGUGCCCCUGUCCCCCAUGUCAGGCAAGUUUUGAGCUCCAGCCGGAGGCAGCGGGCAAGAAACCUGGGAUUCUGGAGAGGCCGGGCUUCGCCCAGGAAUUCCAUCUUGGUCUGUGCUGAGGAGCCAGGCCACAGAGCACACAUGGACAGAAGCAGGGAGUCCCCAGGAGGGGACAGCAGGCCUCCAGGGAGGGUCAGAAGGGACAUUACUUUGGCAGAUGAUCCAAGACUCAGUAGCCAGCAUCUUGUGCUCCAGAGGGAGGAUGAGGUCAGCAAUGCGGGAGCCAAAGUCCUGGGCCACUCCCAGCACAGCAGUGCCAUGCAAAAGACAGAGAGUGUGGUGGACGCCCUGGCCGGCCUAUUUGCAGGGGGAGACAUGGUGGCCUUAGGGGCUUGGACAACUACUGCUGCACUGACCCUCAGGCCCCAUCUUGUAGAAGGCAGGGAUCUGCCAGAAAGUGAGGACAGAGGCUUGACUGGCACACCACAAGCAGAGGACCCCAUCCUGGCCUCAAGGACUCAUCAGUGGCCUGGCUCUGUGGGGGAGCUGCAAGGGUCUGUAUGGUGUAACACUGAGACCCCUGAGCUAUUGACCAGCUUGAGGACUGGCAGGCAGGUUCCCCCAUGGCUCACAGAACUUGACGUGCAGACCCUCCAGCUAUUAUCGCAGGGGGUGGUGGUGGGCAAAGCCAGGAUCCCCGCUCAUGGGCAGGUGCUACAGGUUGGCUUCUCCACUGAGGGUGCCCGUGAAGGCCUGUCUCCUCCCAGACUCAGCCAACUCUGCUCCCAGGGCCUCUGUGGCCUGAUCAAGAGGCCUGGGGAUCUGUUUGAGGUCCUGUCCUUUCACGUGGACCGAGUACUGGGGCUGCACAGGAGCCUGCCUGCUGUGGCCCGGCGCUUCCACAGCAACCUGCUGCCCUACCGCUACACAGAUGGAGGUGCGAGACCUGUCAUCUGGUGGGCACCUGAUGUGCAGCACCUGAGUGACCCAGAUGAGGACCAGAACUCUCUGGCCCUGGGCUGGCUGCAGUACCAGGCCCUCCUGGCACAUGGCUGCCACCAGCCCAGCCAGGCUCCAUGCCUGGGCAUCCCGCACACAGAGUGGGCACGCCUGGCACUCUUUGACUUCCUGCUACAGGUCCAUGACCGCCUGGAUCGCUACUGCUGUGGCUUCGAGCCUGAGCCCUCAGACCCCUGUGUGCAAGAGAGGCUCCGAGAGAAAUGCCAGAACCCGGCUGAGCUGCGGCUGGUCCACAUCCUGGUCCGGAGCAGCCAGCCAUCUCACCUGGUCUACAUCGAUAACGCUGGCAACCUUCAGCACCCUGAGGACAAACUCAACUUUCGGCUCCUGGAGGGCAUAGAUAGGUUUCCCGAGUCUGCGGUGAAGGUUCUGGCAUCAGGGUGUCUACAGAAUCUGCUUCUCAAGUCUCUGCAGAUGGACCCGGUGUUCUGGGAAAGCCAAGGCGGGGAGAAGGGGCUGAGGCAGGUCCUCCAGACCCUGGAGCAGCGAGGACAAGUAUUGCUGGGACACAUCUGGAAGCACAACCUCACCCUCUUCAGGCGUGAGGACCCGUGAGCCCCACGGCUGCCCAGGCAGGGCUCUCGCCUCACUGGUGGGGGACCUCACAACACAACCCUUCAUCCUGAUGGCCACGUCUUCUUGGGCUCACCCCUCUUCAAGACAAAUGGAAAAAGCCAGAAACCAGAGGGACACAUGGAUGCCACAGAUGGUUCACCUGUGUGGGGUGGUGGAGGUAGUGCUGGGUUGUUAAUCUCAAUGCACUCCUUCCUGCCUUCUCAGCUCUGGCUGUUUACUCCCUUGCACCAAUAAAUACAUUCUAUAAUGUUCUGAGAACUGUUCCAGAUACUGUGAAGCUGUGCAUUGCACAUGCAGAGCUGGACACCUCUCUGUGUGUGUGGAAAUGUGCAGAUGUGUGUGGCAGGUGUGCACGCCCGUAUGCAACAUGUGGGACAAACUGA